UAAGCGUCACCAGUCCGGGCUUCAAAUUCAUGAGUGCGCUUUUCUUCCCGGAGACCGUCCCGUCGAGAGAGAGGGCAAAACAACCUCUGCGACGCUCAGUGAGGUCUCCUUCAUGAAGGACACCACACCAGAUGUCUUUUCCCAUCAGUUCGGGUUGUGUUUAUUCGUGCUGUAGCGGAGCAGGACGCGCAGGACUGACGAACAUCGCCGUGCUGGUGUUGUUGUUUUUACCCAGCAGCAGCAGCCAACAUGGCUGAGGAAGACAGUGAGUGGAUUGUGGAGAGCAUCGUCGGCUACCUGGGGAGUCCCGAGUGGGUCAUCCCUGUCUCGGACUUUAUGGAAAACAAAUGCACAGUGUUUGAUGAUGAAGAUGAGAAUAAGUUAUCAUACACAGACAUCCACCUGCAGUAUAAGAAAUUGGUGGAGACGCUGCUGGGGAAUUACAUGCAGGAGGUUGGCAUCAAUGAGCAGCAGUUUCUGGACGCAUGCACCUCUCCUUUUGCCAAGACCAAAACACUGCAGUCGGUGUUCCAGCCAGUUCUGGCUACAGAUGACUUCCAGAUGUUUCGCUCACUGAUGGUCCAGAAAAACAUGGAGCUGCAGCUUCAAGCCCUCAGGGUUAUCAAAGAAAGGAACGGGGCUCUUCCAGAGUGUCUGACUGACGGCGUGGACGUGAUGACAGAGCUGCAGGACCAAGAGAUGAAAAUCCUGCUGGAAGUUCUCAAGAAGUCAAAAGAUGAGUAUGAUGAGGAAAUGUCCAGGAGGCUGCUUUUAAAGCAAAAGGUUGGCAGCAGCUCUGAUAAGCCAAUGGCAGAAAGCAGUGAAGCCCAAAAUACCUCCUCUGCUGCCAGCCAACCGAGCAACGCUGCCAAGGCCAAACCGGAGGGGAAAGGUGACAGCAGCCAGAGUAACGGUCACCAUGACCCACUAGUUAACGGAAACACAGCCCCAGAGGCUAACCUGGUCAACAGCCGACCUAUCACAACAGAGGAGAGCAAGACCGCAGCUCGAGGAGCUGGAGACAAGAAAAGUGCAGCCAAGAGCAGCUCCACUUCUAAACCCUCGCCAGAGUGUGGCAGUAACGGUUUGGAGUCCAGAGUCCUUCCUGCAGUCAGACCUCCGGUGAAGUCGGAUGAGCCCCCCCUCAGUGCGGGGACCAGGGCGCAGAGCAGCAGCCAGACUGCUGCCGAGGGCUGGCUGGAGGAGGCUCACAGGGAGGCCGGCUUCUCCAAGCCAUAUACUGAGUUGUCAGCGUCCCAGCAGGAGCAGCUCCAGCAGAGGGCGGCAUAUCUGCGUCAGCAGCGAGACAAGCUGCACGCUCUGAAAAAAGAACAGCAGAAACCCAAACACAACAUCAUACCAGAGGAGGCUCCUGCUGUCGUUGCCCCGGAGGCAGUGGGGCAGUCCCAGAGUAAUGGGGUCCGUACCCCCCCACCUCCUCCUUCUCCUGCUCCUCUUGCUCCAGCACAACACUCUGCUAACUCCUCCAAACAGAAGGAGAUAUCUGCUGAGGAGAAGAAGAAGCUCCAGAAGAGAAAACAUCUGGCUGACAAACUGAAAGAGGAAGUGAUCAAGAAAUAACUUCACCUACAACUGCAAUAUUCUCAUUUAAAUCCUACCUAAUCAAGCUUCCUCUACACUGCCUCCUUCAGCCACAUCAUUCCCUUUGCACAACACAGAUCAGGUUUCUACCCAAAGACACAACAAUGAUCAGAUCUUCCUUUUCCAAAAUUGUUCCAUGCUUUCUCCAGAAGAGGAAGUACAUGUUCUUUUAUAUUUUGUAUGUGUCAGUCUCCACUAAUAUGAGCACACCCUAGUAUUCUAGCACACACACACACACACCUGGGCUGUGUCCGAAGCGCUGCUACUUUGCCACUUGGUGCACUACUUUCAUUUUAAUGACAUUUUGAACUGUGCAUUUCCCAAAUGCAAGAAUUAAGGACUUUUUUCGUGCAUUCAUAAAACCAUAACAAUAAUGUGUUCAUAGCACGUUGACUACUUGCUACAAAUCUAACAGUGCAGUGCUUCUCUAUUGUUAGUGUCACGGUUUUUUAUGCAUCGCUACACUGGUAGGUAAUGCAAAAUCCAGAUUAAGAACUAGUGUAAACCAUUGACUGAAAUAGUGAGUGGUUUUGGUCACUUUCCUCGGCUCGUUUCCUUGUAGUCAAAAAGUUCUUGUUUCCUUGUAGUUCUUCAAUUUGGUGAAACUGAUAUGUUGUAUGUUGACAUUAGCCAGCACAAGUGUACAGUCCUGUUAGCUGUUACAUGAUGGAGCUGAAAACACUGAAGCAGCUCGUCCUUUACUCAGAGCGCUGUGGAAGUUGUCAAGAUGAACACACAGUCAUGUGAUCAUGAAAGGGCCAAGAGUUUUUCUCUUCCUAUGAGGAAUUCAGUAUUUCAUGUACACCGUUUAUUAAAUCACAUUUUAUAGAAACGAAA